AUGCCUCCUCCUAAAGGAACCCCCAACCCUCUUGAAGGCCCAGGCGACUAUGCUGUUACCUCAGUCGUCCAUUCUGACACCUAUCCUGCUAUUGACCCAGCCAACUUCAACCUCAAGGGAAAAGCAAUCCUUGUCACAGGAGCAUCCCGGGGUUUCGGCCGAGCCAUGUGCAUAUCGUUUGCCCGCGCCGGAGCCUCACGUUUUAUCGUUGCAUCGCGCUCAGAUAUGUCAACCACCGCAGAAGCCAUCAGAGCUGCAGCAAAGGAGACAGGACACCCUGAGCCCGAAGUACUGACCAUCAAGACCGACGUCAGUGUGCCAGAGAGUGUCGAUGCUUUGGCAAAGGAGAUUGAUGAGAAAUUCGGCUCCUUGGACAUCGUCAUCAACAAUGCUGCAUUCAUGAACAUAUCAUCCAUUGCUGAGUCUGAUCCUGCAGACUGGCUACAAACCCUUAGCGCCAAUGUCUUUGGGCCAUAUCUCAUUGCGCGAGCCCUUGCACCUCUCCUUCUCAAGUCUGAUACAAAGACUAUCAUCAACGUUGCCAGUGUUGGCGCUCAUCUUGUUUCGCACGGCCUUAGCGCGUACCAAGUCUCCAAGCUAGCCAUUGUCAGACUCACUGAGUUCAUCUCGCUGGAAUACGGAGACAAGGGGAUUGUCUCUUACUGUGUUCAUCCAGGUAAUGCUCCAUCAGAAAUGUCUGGUGGUAUCGAAGGGAUCCCCGAGCCAAUGAGACCAGCAUUCGUCGAUACUCCCGAGCUGACUGGAAAUUCAUUGGUGUUUUUGGCAUCAGAGAGGCGACCUUGGUUGGCGGGGCGGUACAUCAACCUGACUUGGGAUCUUCCAGAACUCAUGUUGAAGGAGAAGGAGAUUGUCAAAGAUGACAAACUCAAGAUGCAAUGA